AUGGGAGAGACAAUGAGAACACAAAAGCAAGAGCAAAAAGAAAAACGUGAUGAAGAACAGGAUGAGGCCUAUUCAGCAAAGUUUGCGAAUUUUCGCAUGAUCGGAGAAAGUUUUAUGCGCAAUAUCCAAAUUCGGAUGGCUAUGGUGAACAAAACCAGAAAUAUGCUCGAGGGUCUGGUAAGAGAAGGGCCAUUUAAAUGGUUGAUUAAGAACCAGAGUUCGUUUGACGAAGACUUGGAGGAGAUGGGAAGGUCUCCAACAGCUGGAAAGAACUGGUUGCCAGAGCUCUCUACCAUAGCAAAUAUAGUUUCUAGCCGUACUAGUUUCUUUGCAUUGAUAGCAAGCAAUGCAAUACUUUCAGUUCAUGCGCGCCAAUUAUCAUUAUCAUUUAUAAUUGCUAGUCUUUAA